AUGGAGUUGUCCCGAUCACUCCUCGAGGCAACGCUGACGGCUGACUGCCCGCAGAAUCAGUACGGGGCGAACAAAGGGCACGUGUUGGGGCUGGAUUUCCACGAAAUAGCCAGACGUUCCGACCGAGUCAUCGGCCUUUCCAUGCUUACGCUCAUCUACCGAAGCAUCCCCCCGGAGAAGCCAUCGAUGUCCGCAUUUUGUCAAGAAUGCAUCGAUGCCGCCAGGGAUACCCUCCGUGAACACGAUCUGUGCGUCGCCUUGAUUACCAGAGCGCGGGGGAAGACGGUGUUUCUUGAAGCAUACAUCAACUGGACCAUCACUCAAUCGCCGUUCAUUCCCUUCAUCAUCCUGUUUUGCCACAUCAUCGAGACGUCUGAGGCCGCAGACCUCCAGCACAUGAAAGGUCUCGUCGAGACGCUCGAGUCUGCAUCGAACUCACGCGUCCAUAGCACAUGCAGCAAGCAACGUCGCCUCUUCCGGGCGUUGUACGACGUCGCAGCCCAGUACGUCGAAAUCAGAUCCCGCGCGAACGGUGGGCGAGGGGGGAUGUCUUGGUCGGUGACUCGGCAGCAGUAUGCCGAUGCAUUCGCCAGCGCGACCUCGAACGGUCUGGGGUUUAGUACAUUGGGCUCUGGGGAAACUGUGGGAGCCCUAGGGACCAUGAAUCCUGCAGAUGCAUCUGGUCCCAUGGCGUCUCAUGACAAAGCCAACGGGGACAGAGUGGGGCUUGUAGAUGGGCUGGUCGAGCCUAUGGAAUUACAAAACACGGCAUUUGGUGACAUUGACAUCGAGAUGGAUUACUCGGGAGCUCAACUUUGGGACUGGUUUAACAAGAACCAGGCCUUCAUGAGGAUGCUGGAGGAUACAUAG